AUGAGUGGUGGUGGUAACAGUAACGGUGAAAUUAUGGAUUCUCCAUCAAGAGGAAAAGAUUUAAAUGAAACUGUACUUGAUUUGGUUGAUAUAGCUCAGCCUUUUAUACAGGCUUUUUAUGGCAACCUUUUUCGAGGUUGUUUGUUUGCGUUCAAAGCAGAAAAGAAUGGCGUUGAGCGUUUGGAACUCUCAAAAGUGCUAGGUAGUAUAUUAAGAAUUGCUGGCCUCACUGGGCAAAAUCCAACAGCUAUGGAUUAUUCGAGAAUUAAACAUUAUACAACUUCGAAAGAAAUUGGCGAAAAUAAGAGAAAUUUUAUGAAUAGAAUAUUUAAUCUAAUGAUUUAUGGUGUUGACACAGGCAAAGACAAUAAUAUAGAAUCCACUGUGGCUAGACUUGGUUACGAUAAAAAUGACUUAUUUCAAUCUGCUAAAUUAUCUGUUUUAUUGAAAAGAAAUGCUUUAAUCUUUUUUUACUCAUUUUUUUCACAACUUGAAACUAUCGAAAUCACAGGAUAUAUGCAUCCAAAACGAUCUCGAUCGAAUUCGUGA